UAUUAACAUAGAGUGUUUUUAAAUUUUAAUCGCUGUUUGUAAACACUAGAAUAAAACAUUAAUUAACAUGGAUUUCUGUAUGAAAGGACUGAUAGCAAAUGUUAUGCUGGAUAUAGUGAACUUCUUAUCAUACAUUGAUGAAUUUGGAAGGCCGAAUUGCAAGUAUUUCAACUAUGUUCUCAAUAAAUUAGGAUUUAUGCAUAUUUUUUUGUACAAGAACCGGAUAUUCAGGAACAAGUCAUACAUCAUAAUUAAGUUUGCUGACAACACUUUAAUAGCUCUGAAGAAAAAAUUUCUCGAAGAAAAGUCAAAUUUAAGGAGAUCAGCAUUAAUAUUCCUAAUCAGCAAAAUAUAUUUCACUGACGAUGUGGCAACAAAUCUAAAAUUAAGAGUAGUUAAGGAUGAAUGGGAACAAUUUCUUAAGUUCUUUAAUAACGUUAAGCAGCUUGAAGAAUAUCAGGAUGUCUGUAUUAUGUUUUGUCAUUUAUAUACAGAAAACUUCUUCAGAUUCACAAUGAAGAGUAUCACAUUGGCACUGGAUUAUGGAGAAAAUCAGCAGUCGAACGUAUAUGACAUUUCUUCCACGACAAUGUUUUGGAAUGAACUGGACGAUGACGUUAAAAAUAUGAACCAGAUAGACGUGGAGGAAUUAAAGAAACUAGAUGAGCUUCGAAAGCAGUCAAUUCAGCCAUUUGAACAUUCAAUUCCAGAAGUCGUUAAAGUAUCAGAAAUAUUCAACGAAUUUGCGGAUGUCCAAAAAGCACUUGAUAAAUUCAAAGAAGCCGAAACAUCCAAGAAAACUCGAAGGGAAAUGCUUCAAGUCUGUCGAGACUACCUCAAAACCAACACUUUGCCCAGUUCUAGAAAAUCUGAAGAUGAUAUAAGCAGCCUGACAUCAAUUAUACAACCAAGCACAUCCAAAACAGCCCUUCGAAAAUUAUCAAAAUUAGAUAAUUCUUCAGAUUCUGACACUGAAUUGGAUAUCCUUAAAAGUUGUUAUGAAUAAAGCAUGUCCAUAAACU